AUCCCCAUCCUCUCUAGAAAACAGCACAGAACUCAAACUUCCUAGACCUACAUCCAACCUCAUUCCUCCAGCAACUAAGUAUGCAGAUCUUCGUAAAGACUCGUGAGGCUCCUUUCUGAACACAACCACGAACGUGAUCACAAACUUACGCUGCGCAUAGUUACCGGAAAGACCAUCACUUUGGAGGUUGAGUCCUCGGACACAAUAGACAAUGUGAAGAGCAAAAUCCAAGACAAAGAAGGGAUUCCCCCAGACCAGCAGCGUUUGAUUUUCGCCGGUAAACAGCUUGAGGAUGGCCGCACGCUUUCCGAUUAUAAUAUCCAGAAAGAGUCUACCCUUCAUCUCGUCCUGCGUCUGCGUGGCGGUAUGCAGAUUUUCGUAAAGACUUGUAUGUUUUCUAGCUUGUCUCUUGUCUGCUUGUUUGCUCGCUUGCCGCUUGCUAACGGUACCCGAAGUGACCGGAAAGACAAUCACCCUUGAGGUCGAGUCUUCGGACACGAUCGAUAAUGUCAAAGGCAAAAUUCAAGACAAGGAGGGCAUACCCCCAGAUCAGCAGCGUCUGAUUUUCGCCGGUAAACAGCUCGAGGAUGGCCGCACGCUUUCGGACUAUAACAUUCAAAAAGAGUCCACCCUCCACCUCGUCCUUCGUCUGCGGGGUGGUAUGCAGAUUUUCGUCAAAACCCUCACCGGUAAAACUAUUACUCUCGAGGUCGAGUCUUCGGAUACGAUAGACAACGUAAAGGGUAAGAUCCAGGAUAAGGAGGGCAUUCCCCCGGAUCAACAACGCCUUAUCUUCGCCGGUAAGCAGCUGGAGGACGGCCGGACCCUGAGUGAUUAUAAUAUCCAAAAGGAGUCGACCCUCCAUCUUGUCCUUCGUCUGCGUGGCGGUAUGCAGAUCUUCGUGAAGACUCUCACCGGAAAGACCAUUACCUUGGAAGUUGAAUCCUCUGAUACUAUUGACAACGUCAAAAGCAAGAUCCAAGACAAGGAGGGUAUCCCGCCAGAUCAACAGCGUCUUAUCUUCGCUGGUAAGCAGUUGGAGGAUGGGCGUACUUUGAGCGAUUAUAAUAUACAGAAGGAGUCCACUCUGCACUUGGUUCUCCGUCUUCGUGGUGGGAUGUAAAUAGAGGCCGCGCCAUGGCUACGAUUUACGUGGCAGAGAUGUGUUUUCUACAAAAAUACUGUUGGUUUUGCUCUCCGGGAUAGGCUUUAUGUGUUUUUCUGUUUGGCAAGGCUGUUCUGGGGUGUUUUGCUUUGUUGGGGCUAGGUGAUCAGUCGUUAGCGAAUUGUCGCUCUGGGCCAGAGGUCAAUAUCAUUCUCGAUUCUCAA